UGUUUUGCUGGCCGCUCGUCGGGGAUACCGCUCGUGUAGGUCUGCAACGUGUAAAUACGCUUUCCCCCGUUUUGUGGCAGGGGUGUGCACGAGGUGGUUUGGUCAGGCAAGCGGGGAAGCGGGUUGGUAGAAAGGCGGAAGGGACAGUUCGGCGAGUGCAGUACAGCCAUCAGCGUCGGCAGCAGCGGUAGUACGUCCGCACACAACGCGCUUUCCUUCCACACGCACACGCACACUCUCACUCACACACAGUCCGGUGCCGGGUCGUGUUGCGCGGUCUCUGUGCCCUUGCCCCAGGGUCGCACUUCUUUCCCAUUUCCCAUCGGUGCCACAUUUCGGUAGUUUUGGUUUCCCCCGUGUGGCUACGCGCGUGGUCGACAAGGUAGAAAGUGUGCAGCAGCGAUGACGGCAAAGGAUACGCUCGAGGCUGCCAUCACCGCCCAGGGAGACGUGGUGCGGAAGCUGAAGUCGGCCGCCACGAAGGAUAAGGCGAAGAUCAACGAGGAGGUCCAGAAGCUGCUGGCGCUGAAGGAACAGCUCAAGCAGCUCACCGUCGACGACGAUGGCAGCGGCGAGACAGCAGCAGCAACACCAGCGCCGGGCAAACCAGCGGCGGCCAGUGAACCCGGCAACCGCAACCUGUCGCUGAAAACGCCGAAGGGCACGCGCGACUACGGUCCGGAAGCGAUGGCGCUGCGGCAGCGCGUGCUCGACCAGGUGGUGCGCGUGUUCCGCCGGCACGGCGCGGAAACGAUCGACACGCCCGUGUUCGAGCUGAAGGAGGUGCUGACCGGGAAGUACGGCGAGGACUCGAAGCUGAUCUACGACCUGAAGGACCAGGGCGGCGAGAUACUGGCGCUCCGGUACGACCUGACCGUGCCGUUCGCGCGCUACGUCGGCAUGGGCAACGUGUUCAACAUCAAGCGGUACCACAUCGCGAAGGUGUACCGGCGGGACAAUCCGCAGAUAACGCGCGGCCGGUACCGGGAGUUCUACCAGUGCGACUUCGACAUUGCCGGCACGUACGACCCGAUGCUGCCGGACGCGGAGUGCGUGAAGGUGGUGUGCGAAAUCCUCGCCGAGGUGGGGGUGGGCGACUUUGUGGUGAAGCUGAACCACCGCAAGCUGCUCGACGGCAUCUUCGAGGCGUGCGGCGUGCCGGCGGACAAGUUCCGCACCGCCUGCUCCUCGGUCGACAAGCUGGACAAGACGCCCUGGGAGGAGGUGCGGCGCGAGAUGGUGGAGGAGAAGGGGCUGUCGGAGGAGGCGGUCGGGCGGAUCGGGCAGUUCGUGACGCUGCACGGCGGCACCGAACUGAUCGAGCGGCUGGCGGCGGACGAGACGCUGCGCGGCAUCAAGGUGGCGAUGGAGGGGUUGGAGGACAUGCGGCUGCUGCUGCAGUACUGCGAGAUAUUCCAGGUGGCGGACCGGGUGUCGUUCGAUCUGAGCCUGGCCCGCGGGCUGGACUACUACACCGGCGUGAUAUACGAGGCGGUCCUGCUCGGGGGCGGUGGCGCAGGAGGCGGCAGCAGCGCGGACGAGGAGAUUACGGUCGGGUCGGUGGCGGGCGGCGGCCGGUACGAUAAUCUGGUCGGCAUGUUCAACCCAAAGCGCAAGCAGGUGCCGUGCGUCGGCGUGUCGAUCGGGGUGGAGCGGCUGUUUUCCAUCCUGGAGGCGCGGGCCGGCGGCAAAACGCGCACCAACGAGACGGAGGUGUACGUCGCGUCCGCCCACAAGGGUCUGCACCUGAAGCGGCUCGAAAUACUCAACAAGCUGUGGUCGGCCGGCCUCAAGGCGGAACACUCGUACAAGCUCAACCCGAAGCUGCUGGCCCAGCUGCAGCACUGCGAGGAGUACCAGAUCCCGUACGCGGUCAUACUCGGCGAUGGCGAGCUGUCGCGCGGUGUCGUCAAGCUGCGCGAGAUUGCUACCCGCAAGGAGGAAGAGGUCGCCCUGGACACGUUCAUCGAGGAGCUGCGCCGUCGGCUAUUAUCCGCCGCCUAACGUGCGAAGGCAACGAUUGUCCGCGCUUUUUUGUUUCGGUCUACCAACCCAUCCCAACCAAUCAUCCAUCAAUUGUGUUUUGCAAUUAGGCCAGGUCAAAAGAGAGAAGAACUUAACAGCACACGCAAACUUUAAGAGGUGCGCAUAACGUAUCAUUUGUUUCUUAAAAACCACAAACGCGCGCGCUUGUUGUGCAAAAGACAACGUUUUUAUGUUUGAUACUUUCCAUCUCUCAUUCGAAUCAUUAUUAUGUUUGUUUGUGGUUUACGCGCUACGCAUUUGUGCUUUUCAUGUGCACGUGCCCCGGGCAAGGUGCACUAAUUGAACAUGAAAAAUAAAUUAGUUACACCUAGA